AUGGACAGAGUGAGCCUUUUAGGUAAAGUGCUCCCUUCAAAAUUAUUCCAUUCAAGAUGGGCCAUCGACCAAGAAUCAGAAGUCAGGGAUUUUGCCAAACUAGCUUUCAGAUCACAGCUAGUUAAAGAGGAUGACCUCCUCCUUAGAAAUCAUAUUGGUAUCCCUGACAUUCAGGCGCUAAUGGCCCCUGAAAUUGAUCCAGCACUGUUAUCCAUUACAGGAAGCAAUGUUUCUGCGGAUCCCAUGGAUCAGACAUUGUGCAAUGUACAAUUUAAAAUUGCGGAUGCUGUUGGUCCCCUGCUACUUAUGUUGGAUAAGGCAGAGAAGGAGGGAUCCUCUCAUAACCCUUCCCUAACAGCUUUACUUGCUUCUAACAUGGCACUUCUAAAAGCUUCCAGCAGAGCGUUGCUUAUUAUCGGUCAAUCCUUCAACUAUAUUUCUAACAUUCGCAGAACCCGCUGGCUGCAUGCAGCAGGGAUGUCUGAUUUAGCACCAAAAUCAUAUGAAUUCCCUAAUUUUGAAAACUCCUUUCUAUUUGGCCCCUCUUUUAUACAAGAAGUGAAAGGAUGAUAUAAAGCUAGAAGAUCUUUUUCUGAUUUAAAGAAGAGCUUUCCAAGCUUCAAGAAGCCCUUUCGGACCGAGGGUUGUUCCUACAGGGCUACAGGCUCCCGGGAAGUUACUCAGCAAGCCCACUUUCGUCACCAUGGGGGAAAGUCAAGACCCCCAGGCAGUAGCAGAGGAGCCCAUGCCAGACGUGGCUCAUCAGGAAACCGAAGACCCAUGCAGUCAAGUAAGUGGUAUACCUCACAUCCCUUAAAAUUGGUCAGAUAUAACCUCAGACAAAUGGGUGCUUCAGAUUUCCAAAAGGGGUUUACAACUCCCUCUCAUUCAGUUUCCUUUCCACAGUCAAGCUCUGGGCAGAGAGGUAUAUCCAGUUCUAGAUUCCUUUCUUUCCCAGGCAUUAGCUCAGGGAAAAAUAGAAUUGGCAGAUUUGUCAAUUUCAGGUUGGAUCAGUCCCUUGUUCCCUAUUCCAAAAUCGGACGGAACAUGGAGACCAGUACUAAACGUCAAAGCUUUGAAUGCUUUCCUUAAGAGGAAAAGGUUCAGGAUGGAAGGUUUAACGGACCUCCCAGGCCUAGUGCCGAAAAAUGUCUUCUGCAUAAAAUUAUACCUCAAAGAUGCUUUCCAUUCAGUUCCUAUCGCUAUGAAACACAGGUGCUUUCUCAGAUUCCGCUGGAAAGAACAGAUAUAUCACAGGACUGUAAUGGUGGUUGGCCUAUCCAACGCACCUUACACAUUUUCCAGGAUAAUGAAAGCUAUUAUAUCCCACGUCAGGCAAAGAGGAUUUCUAUGCCUUUAUUACUUAGACGACAUCCUGUUGUUGAAUCCAGAGGUAGAUACUUUCGUUCAGCAGAUAGAUUACCUAAUUUCCUUAUUACAGGACCUGAGGUUUAUUGUAAAUCUUCAAAAAUCCAUACUAGUCCCUACUCAGAAUAUCCUAUUUCUGGGUUUCAUGCUGGACACUAUGGAUAUGACCUUGGGUGUUCCCCGAGACAAAUGGGAAAAAAUCCUAGCUCAGAUAACUUCAGCUCUUUUAAAACACAGAUGGUCCCUAAGAGAGAUAGCAAAGACUGUUGGGAGGCUGAUAGCAUUAACGCCGGGUUACGAUGCUUCCCCCUUGCUAUGCAGACAAAGUCAGCUUUUUCUAGGAAACCAACUGAGAUGGGGUGGCCAGUGGGGGUCAAGGGUGGUCCUUCCCACGAGUGUCAGAAAAGAGCUAAACAAGAUAUUGGAAGGGGCAAGUCCACUUCCUCUGGGUUCCUGCUGA